AUGGCUGGCAAUCCUAUGAUGUGCGAUUGUAAAUUGGCUUGGAUAUUCAAUGAUAAUUUACACACACUUUUUAGUGAUUUAAAAUGUAAUCAGACAUCAACCAAACUAUUGACGGAUAUCGCACAGCUUGAACGCAAUGAACUGUGUGCUUGCCAACCGGUAAUGUGCCCCAAAAAAUGCAAUUGUUACAUACAAUCUAAGUCACUGAUCAUCAAUUGCUACGAUGGACAACUCGACGUUAUCGAACAGCUGCCACGUACCGAGCAAGUUUCGCUCGUUUCGCAACUCUACGCUUCGAACAAUAAAAUUACGAAUAUAAGUCUCUUUCAACUGCCGACCAACUUAACGGCUUUGGAUCUUCGAAAUAAUUAUUUAGAAUCAUUAAGUACUGAAUUUUUGCGUGCAAUUCUUAAUGACAGCUCAAAACUAGAGACUUUGUAUCUCAGUGAAAAUCUUUUGUUUUGCGACUGUGCUGCGCAGGAUUUGAUAUACACCGUUCGUGUACAUCGGAAACGCAUUCCUGAUGUUGAACAGUUACACUGUGUUAAUCUACAGAAUGUUACACUCCUAACAGCAAAUGUGGGAGAAUUAUGUCAAACUGCUGUUAAUGUGGAGCGUUAUCAAUAUAUGAUCGCAAUUGGCACUACUGUAGUGGUUAUCAUUAUUAUUUUACUUAUUAUUGCCGCACUCUACUAUAAAUAUCAAACGGAAGUGAAAAUCUGGUUAUAUGGUCACAACAUAUUCAGCUGUUGCAUUCAUGAAUUAGAGCUGGAUGAGAAUAAAACAUUCGAUGCGUUUAUCUCAUAUUCGCACCAGGAUGCUGACUUCGUCAACCACACACUACUGCCGCAACUUGAACAGAGCGAGCCACCAUUUUGUGUAUGCACGCACGAACGCAACUGGCUUGCGGGCGCUUAUAUACCUGAACAAAUUAUCGAAUCGGUCGAUCAAUCGCGUCGUACGAUCAUUGUGCUCUCGCAACACUUCAUCGAAUCGGAUUGGGCGCGUAUGGAGUUUCGCACAGCGCAUCAAUGCUCUAUGAAGGAAGGUCGUGCGCGUAUAAUUAUGAUUAAAUAUGGUGAACUUACGAAUACUGAGUUAUUAGAUAAGGAUUUAAAGGCAUAUCUGGAUAUGAACACAUAUUUGGAUUGGCAAGAUCCUAGAUUUUGGGAUAAAUUACGGUAUGCCAUGCCACAUAAAAUGGGUAGAGAACAGCAUGCAGGUAUGUUAGAAGUUGGCGGCAGAAUGUUAGUUGUGGGACAAGAUUUGUCAUUUCCGCAACAAGAGAGCUUAAAUUUGUGA